CCCUCACAACGAGUUCAGCGUCGCCGCUGUUCAUCACGGACCACCGAUAUCUUGUCGCCUCGCGGUCGGCGACAACCGCAGCGCUCUCUAGCCUGCUUUGACACUUUCUGGACCUGAACAGGAACUAGCAGCGGAGCUGUCAUCCCUCCGACUUCACCGACCUCAGCCUUCAUUGCAUUGGGGAUUCCACCACCUGGCCGACAGGCUGUUCACCUGGUAUAUGUUAUCCCAUUCAGCCUAUCGCUGAACUUGUGAUCCUUGCAACUUCUACUCAUGCCCGGAACAUCGAGAACACAGAGAGCCGAGGCGAAGUAUAACGUAGUCUUUGACUACCCAAACCUUGGCCUGCAUACAGCAGCGGCGUCCGGCAACCUCGGUCUAGCCAAGUAUGCGCUGGAUCACGGCCAGCCCGUCAACUCUGCCCUUGACGGCGUCCUGCCGCUGCACGCAGCCUCGUUCGGGGGGAGCGAUCAGGUCGUGACGCUUCUGAUCGAGUAUGGUGCGGAUGUCAACGCUCCGAGACUGCCUCGUCGAUACUCUACUGACAGGCAUCGCGGCAGCGCACCACCACCUGUUACCACUGGCGCCUCCGGCUCUACUUCCCUCCACUUUGCUUGCAUGCAUGGCCACAUGACGGUCAUCUUCACCCUGCUGCUGCACGGUGCCCACCCUGACCGGACGGACAAACACGGCAUGACGCCUGAAAUGAUUGCGCGUCAGAACGGCCACACCGAUUGCGCAGAUGUACUUCAACAAUGGGCUCAAAACAGAGAUCGGGAUCUCAGAGAGCGAGAGGUCCUGACGCCGCAUCCGUCCGAAGACCAUAUCUCCAAGGAAGAGAAGACUCAUAACUACUGUGGACGGUUAGACUGCUUCGAGUGCGCCACUAGGAAGAGGAUACGAGUUAAACGCUCGAUUGAUAACGCCUUUCACAUGUUGCGUCACACGUCGUCCAGCCAGUCUGCCGCGAACACACCCCCUCCGUCUGCGGGCUCUCUAUCCGCUACGAACUCCAUACAACCACCGUCCCCUGCAGAUCGGCCAUUAGGGGAGUAUACAUUCUAUCCUGUCUCAGAUAACGCGAUAGAUGAGCUCCCCCCUCGUCGGCCCUCUCUACCCCAGGUGCUCGAGGUUCCCCAUGGCGUCACAACCCCUCACCGCAGCAGGCGACCGUCUAACCUUUCGGGUACCAGCUCACAACGACCGAGAUCUGCAGGUUCUGAUACAGAUCAAUGUGCCGGACAGCGCGUCAAAGGCAAGAUCUCGCUACUCAACAUAUUCAAGAGGGGCAACGAAGGCACACCGGAUAGCAACUCGCCAUCGAGUUCUGCUGUCACAUCAGCAUCGCAGUCCCCCUCUGCUCCUUCCGCGCUAGCUCUUUCGGCCCUAGCCAGCCGUUCGAGCGAUAUUCUUGCAUCAUCACCUACUGAUACCUCUAUACCCGGCCCUCCCGCUGGCAAUCAGCUGCACUCGCUCAUGCUCGGGGGUUCUUCUCCCUCAGCACUGUCGAUCCCAGAGCCACGAAAGGCUGCGUCUCGCAGUAGCCUUCGCAGCGCCGCCCUCGUCAACGACACCCUCGAGAAGGCCAGUCCGUCGGCUCGUCCUGGCAUCUUACGUGCUACACACGGCCGUUCUUCGUCCUCAGGACAGUCUGCCCCUGGUGAUGCAAGCCGUGGCGGGUCCGGCCCACCGUCCGUGAGAGCUUUGCGAUUCGAUCCGAACUCACCUGGUGCGGUGUCGGGCACGCGGCGGCCGGAAUCGCGCGCUCGCGCUGCCCGGGCCGAGAGUCGCAGUCACAGUCGCACAAGGGGACGAGGCAGCUUCAACUCGGUGCGCUCGCAUAGUCCUGAUUCCCCAUGGGGCAUGCGCUUCGAGCACGAGCCGGAGCACAUGAGUUCGCCUUCGCCUGCCGGCGCUGAUGGCUACAUCGAGGAGGAAGAGGAGGAGGAGUACGGAGGGCCUGUCGAGCCGCAGGUCGGCAUGAACGAGCUGAACAUGCUCCUCCACGAUCUGAACGUGAAGAAGUCCAGGCGGAUGUCUAUCGAGUCGCGGGCCUCUGACCUUGACUCCCAGGACACCGUCAACCAUCCGUUCGAAUGCCCCUUCAGCAUUCACUACCCGCCACCCGAGGAGGAGGACGAGAUCUCCGCGCUUCGGUCUCAUAGAGCCAGUCUCGACAGCCGUGUCCGUGGGAACUCGAUGAGCAGCAUGAUCACCGAUAGCAGCGGAUACCCGAGCAGCAGUGUCCCCACGCCGGCCUUGCAGCAGUCGAAUCUACCCACGCCGUACGUGGUCUCGCCCUCUGUGGGCCAGACAGACUUGCCUUCUCCGGGUGAAGCCAUGGCUGAGAAAAAGGACUUGGCCGUGGUCUCCGUAGUGCCCAUCUCGCCCACGAGGCGUGUCCGGGGUCCCCUCGAUAUCGACAUCCGCUCAAUCUCUUCCCAUGCACAAGCCGAAGCCCUCGUCCAGCAUACACAGCGACGUAUACUAGCAGGCAGCGAGUCGUCCGACGAAGAGGAGGUCAAGUCACUGGGCAUCAACCUUGGCGACGGUCGCACGCCGCUGUCUGCGAAGCUCGCGGCGCUCGGCGAAAGCUUGGCUAUAGAGAGAAAGUUCAAGGAGGAAGAAGAGAAGAAGAAGCGGCGCAGCCUCAUCAUGGAGCCGAUAUCCGAGCAGAUCUUUGCAAGCGAGGUACCGGGCGUACAGAGGAAGCUCAGCCUGCAGGAGCGGGCGCAUAGCGACCCGAUGGGUAAAGUGAGGAGGCCGCACACUGCUGAUGGAGAACCACACCCAGAGUCUGCUAACAGAUUCCUGUCGCCACAAUCAUCCAAAGUCAACCUCUUGUCUGUUUCAGAUCCAGAUCGCAACGGCAAACUGCUCUCGGUGCCUGGCAUCGGCAGUUCCUCCAGCUUCCCGUCGUCCUACAGACAGGCGCGAUCCGACUCGCUUCCUCCCAGUCAGACCUACGUCUCGCGCUCCCGCACUCCCGACCCGGAUAGCUCCCGGAGGAUGACUACCGCGCCGGCGGGCUUUGGCACGCCGCUCACUCGAUACCCAACUUGUCCUGCCGAGGACACGAUCAUACCCCGCACCGAGCUGCUCACGAAGCAGGAACGCCAGGCUGCUCGCGCACAGAAGCUCACCAAGAUGGGCUUUUCAUCUGGCGGCGACACCUGGAAGGAGUCACCCUCGUACGCGCGCAGCCAACGCCAGCAUAGAUUUGGCCUGCGGACGCUUGUCCAGUCUCUCACAGGUCGCGCCUGAUCUCUGGCCUUUUGUACAAGCAUCGACCACAUCCUCACUCUUUCAGUAAUUUAUCUCGAGAACACCAUCUCACGGCGCCCUGCGGACGUCACCCAACCCCGUGUCUCCUUCGUCCCUUCUUGUGUAUCAAUGCUGUUUGUUUCUGUGCUCAGCCCUGCCUGACUGUUCUGUCUUUCUUGUACCCCGCCGGCGUCGACACUGGUCCGACGCCGACCAUCACCGUUCGUUCUAUGGGUUAUCAUCCCGCCUGUUCUGUCUUCCUUUCUUUCUCUGACUUCCGUGUCUGUAUGGUUAUUUUUAUAGGAUUCCGGGUUCUGUAAGAUUUCUUGUACUUAUUUGUGACUCCCACCAUUCGCAUUCCCAGGCAUUUUUCUGUCGCAAACACAAGUCUGUAGUUCUACAUGUGUAUUUUUCUGUCCGGUGUUGUAGCAAGAGAAUCCAUCGUCC